GGGUGACUUGGCAUCAUGUUUAAAUUAAACCAUAUCUAAAUCACUUUCUAUACAACGCCAACAGAGUUUUCUUCUAAAUCCGUAUCUUUCUUCUCUAAAAGUUAAAAAAAAAAAAUACAAUUCACUUUUUUGUAAACGCCGUCAACUCGCCGGCGGCGACUUUGACCAUACUAAGCAAGAACUUCUAGAAGAUUCUACGGUUUCCCUUUCAUUUUGGUUCAAUUUUCUUGUCAUUUUUUGGUCUGGAAAAUGACGUGUGAUUCAGAGAUCAAGUUGUUCGGAAAGAUACUUCCGGUGGUAGUCUCCGUCGAGUGUGCCGUCGCCGUUGGGACUUCAAGUGGUGGUGAUGGUGAUCGAUGUUUAGAGGAUGGUAAAGCAAGCAGUGCAGAUGAAGGAAGUGAAAAUGAAAAUCAAGGAGCUGACAAGGACGAUCUAACAGGAGAGCUCAAUGAAGCUAAAUUUGAGGAGGGAGAUCAAAGUCAGAUGAUGGAAGAGUCAGAAAAUCCGAGGACUUUAUCAGAAUCAGAGAACAGUUCUAAAUCUCCAACUGAUGAAGACUCUCAAGCUGUGAAAACAUCCGGGACUGAAAAUGAACCAACUAAUGUGACAAAUUCUGAGCAGAACAGUCUAAAGAAGCCAGACAAAAUUCUCCCAUGCCCUCGUUGCAACAGUUCAGAUACAAAAUUCUGUUACUAUAAUAACAACAACGUCAAUCAGCCUCGUCAUUUCUGCCGGAGUUGCCAGAGGUACUGGACUGCUGGUGGUACCAUGAGGAAUCUCCCUGUGGGAGCUGGUCGUCGCAAGAACAAGAAUCUUGCAGCUCAUUAUCGUCAUAUAAGUAUCUCCGAAGGAUUACUAGCAGCAGGAGUUGAAUCUCCAAAUGGAUUAAUUCAUCAUCCAAUGUUCAAACCAAACGGCACUAUUCUAUCCUUUGGCACCGACUUGCCCCUAUGUGAAUCUAUGGCUUCUCCAUUAAGUCAAGCAGAGAAAAGGUUAUCAAAUGGUAUCCAAAAUGGUUUUCACAAAGCAGAACUCAAGAAUUCUUCUUGCAAAGUUGGAGAUACUGGGGAUGAGUGCUACAAGGGGUCUAACAUUCCGACUCCAAAUGUGAUGGUGGAAGAAGGUAAAAGAGAGCUGCACAAGGCAGUUAUGCAUAAUAUAAAUGGCAUCCCAUCUCCUUUUCCUUGCCUUCAUGGAGUACCUUGGCCUUUUACAUGGAAUGCUGCUGUUCCUAUGCCGGCUAUUUGCCCCAUUCCCUUCCCUAUGCCAUUCUUCCCUACACCUUAUUGGAAUUGCAAUGUGCCUCCUUGGAGUAAUCCUUGGCUGGGUCCAGCUCUGCAAGCAGCAAGCGAGAAAACAUCAGGUUCUGACCCUACUUCACCUUUAGGGAAACAUUCAAGAGAAGGGGAUUUGCUUAAGCCAAGCAAUCCCAGGGGCAAGGAACAAUCAGAACAAAAGUAUUCAGAGAGGUCUAUUUUGGUCCCAAAAACAUUGCGGAUUGAUGAUCCUGAUGAAGCUGCUAAGAGUUCUAUAUGGUCAACACUUGGGAUUAAAUAUGAUUCUGCCAACAGGGGAGAGUUUUUCAAGGCCUUGCAACCAAAAAGUGACGACAAACACAACAAAGCCAAUACUCCUCCAGUGUUGCAUGCUAACCCUGCAGCUUUAUCCAGAUCGAUUACCUUCCAACAAAGUGCCUAGGUAUGGUCAUAUGAAGCUCCAAAAAGUUCUAUAUGGUCAUCAUGUGAAAUUAAGUAUGUCUGUGUUAUUUGAAGAGGGCUUUUUGGGGUCUUACGACCAUAAAGUUACAAAGCUAAAGUAAUGCUUUAGAAAAAUCUACCGUUCAGCUCCAGUGGAAAGUACUUGCCCAACUUCAUGGAUUUUUCCUGCCUGAUGAACGCUUAACAGUGUGCGGACCACUUUCAGAGUUGAGGGGCUAAUAUCUCUCGAGUGAUCCAAUGAAACUGAGGAAUGACAUGGAGAAGCUAUUGUAGAAACUUAUGUUUAUAAUUUUCCUGGUAACAAUAAGAGCAAGUGGGCUGGCUUCGUUUUUGCUUUUGUGUGUUUAUGAUGUAUAUACCUUUCUACAGCUAACACUAGGAGGAGGAAGACAGAUGUUUAGAUCCAACAUGUGUAACAUAUUUAAAUUAAUGUCAAAGUUAGUUUGGAGAGCCA